CGAUCGGUUGAUCGCCCGUCAGAGGCGCGUUGAAUGAGACACGAUCACGUGCAGACGCGAAUGUGGCUGUAGAUCUUGUUGAACGCGUUAUCACGUGAUGUGUGUAUACUGGUGUUUAAAAGGCUUCGACGCGCCGCGACGGCCUUCCAACAUCUCUUGCCCGCUCUCCACCACCAUCUCUCGCACUUCUCCCCUCUUGACUCUGAACAACAGCAAUGGCCCCCAAGCCCGUAUCCACUGCCUCUAAGGCUCCUGCCUCUACCACUGCCUCUAAGGCACCUGCUAAGACAGAGGGCAAGGCUGCGAAGAAGACCGCUCCCAAGGCAGCGGGUGCCGACGGGGAGAAGAAGAAGCGCCGCAAGGCCCGCAAGGAGACGUACAGCUCCUACAUCUACAAGGUGUUGAAGCAGGUGCAUCCUGACACGGGUAUCUCGAACAAGGCAAUGGCUAUCCUCAACUCGUUCGUCAACGACAUCUUCGAGCGCAUUGCUACGGAGGCCUCCAAGCUCGCGUCAUACUCUAAGAAGUCCACUAUCUCGUCACGAGAGAUUCAGACCUCUGUUCGUCUCAUCCUCCCUGGUGAGCUGGCGAAGCACGCGAUCUCGGAGGGUACGAAGUCUGUGACAAGUAAGUCAUCUACGUGUAUCCGUUUGUGUUGUGUGCCUCACGAUGUGUUCAGAAUUCUCUUCCUCCCAGAAGUGAUCUGUAUUAUACUCAGACUGGUUUACGUUGUCCAUCUUGUGUCUGUAUUUCUACACUAUGAUACGAUCCUAGGCCUCCGGUGUCACGUAUAUGGAAGCAUUUUUCAUGGUCCACGAAAAGCAGAAUGA